UUCACUCUGUGUCUGACCCCGGGAGCGUGUGAUGGGACGGUGUGGAGGGAGCUUCACUCUUUGUCUGACUCUCAAUCUUCUGUCCCCAGCUGAACCUGUUGUAUCGUACGCGGAAGUUAAUUUCAAGAACUCCUCGGCGUCCCGGGUCCGGACAGAUCGAGAUGGUCUGAAAUCCACCUACUCAGAGCUGAACGUUCGGAAAAAGAAACCCCGCGUCGAUGAGGUCGAAGAUCCUCACAUUUCCUCGGGACCCGUCGGGUUGUCAACCACUGCACAAACAGCGGCGCAAGAACGGGAGUCGAAAGUGAAGAUCGGAAAUAGACCGUACCGUCUGAUCUGCCUACUCUGCCUCGUUACAUCCGCCCUCAUCGUGAAAGUGGUCGGUCUCUCGAUCCAUGGAAUGCAGUGCGAUCUCCGUCACCAGUGCGCUGAGAUGGAAGCGAAGUACAGAUCUGUCAACGAAACCAAGGCUCAAUUCUGUGAAUUUCUGACCAGCAGAAGAGGAGGGGUAAAAGAGAAAUUUAAACUCAUCGAGUGGACAGAUAAGAAGGGCCGCGACCUCGCCGAUCCGGUCCUCAGCAAUGUCAAGUGGAAGGGUGAGCAGGCAAAGUUCUGCACGGGCUGGUGUCGCCAGAAAUAG